AUGCCGGCGACAUGGGGAUUGCAAGAUAAGAUCACAGCUAAUGAUCUUGGGAGUGGAAAGUUCCUUUUCAACUUUGAAAAUGAAACGGAUCUUAAGUUCGUCCUAAGCCAAGGUCCUUUCCAUUGUAACUUCUGUAUUUUUGUGCUUGUUCGUUGGGAAUCGGUGGUGCAUGACGAUUACCCGUGCAUCAUCCCUUUCUGGGUGGAGAUAAUAGGCAUCCCGUUACACUUGUGGACAAUCAAGAAUCUUAGGAAUAUUGGCAGCAGGCUAGGACAUAUUGACACAGUUGAUCUAUCGGCAGGUCGUAUGCUUAUCGAUGUGGACUCUAGGAAGCCUCUUACUUUCUCCAGGAAGAUCGCGUCUAAAGAUGGUGAUGAGGUCACGAUUCAAAUUCACUAUGACAAACUCUUCAAGCAUUGCAAAACUUGUGGAAUGAUCACUCACGAGCAGACGUACUGUUUGAAUCAACAACCUGUGAUGCAAGAUCAGAGAGAAAGGACAGGAUUAUUCGCAAGGGUUCAGCUUCCAUGGAAUGAUGAGGAUAACAAGGAGAGGUUUUGUGGCCAGAAGCAGGAUAAACAUGAGAAGGCCGGCUCUGAUACAUAUUAUCAGAGAAACAGAGCACGUAUGGAGGAGAAACGAUUUGAUGGAGGGUUUAUGUCGGAUGCUAGGAUGUCAUACGGUAGACAAGGAGGCUCUAAAGAUAGGUAUGAUUGGAACAAAGGUAGAAAGGAAAGGAAGAGCUCCCAUCAUAAUGCUCGCUAUGCACCUUAUGCGAAAAAUAGAGUGCGAGUUUGGAAAGCAAAGGAAAAAACAGAGGAGCGAUAUGGAGGCUAUGAGCGAAGAGAUGAGUCGUAUGCUCAUCGUUUCCAGUCUACUGAAGGGACUUCCCGAUUGGCUGCAACGAGACGUGAUGAUGACAUACGAUCCGGACGUGACGAGAUGAGAGCACAUGCUCGUUCUUCUACUCAAUAUGACAAGAAGUACACUGACAAGGAUGCAACAAUGGCGAUUGUGCCACAGAAGAGUAGCGGGAAGAGGAUAGCUAGCCAAGUGAAAGUAGCUUUUGAGGACGAGAAAAUCAUUGAUAUGGAGAUCAUUGAACAAGGCAAUAUGGAUGAGGGCACGCAUGAAACAAAGAUGGACGUGGAAGACGACGACGAUGAUCUGCUAGGAGAAGAAUUAAUGGAGAUUGAGUCUUCCAAGACUAAGGGAAACAAAGGGGAGGCGGCGAAGGAAGAGAAGGUGAUACGAAGACCGAUAGCUUCAUCAUCGAACAGAAGUGGAAAAAGCCGUAGAUACCCUUUGGGUCUACCCAUCAAAAAAGCUGAGUUCCUCCGUCGGGGAUCUCCGAAGCCACAUAAAUCUGCUGCAAAGAUCAUCGUCCGAUUCUUGCAGACAUUCUCACAAAACCAACGAGAAGAUCAAGAAAAUUCAAGUUUGAUAAAAAGAUGGUUGGAUAACGAGGAACUGCGACAAGUCAUUUUAGAGGGAUGGAAAUCACCUGAUCUUCCUCCCAAUGCGACUAUAAUGGAGCAUAUUGCCAGCUGCAGAAAAGCCUUGAGUGAGUGGAGGAGACAACAUAAUAUUAACUCGGCAAAAUUGGUGGAGGAGCUUAAAGAAAAAGUGGAGGGUCUGUAUGCAGAUGAUAAUGCUACAACUGAAGAAAUCGCAGCCGCUUUAAAGGAGCUUUCAGAUGCUCUUAAGGCAGAAUAA